CAGGUGCUGACUGACAGGUUCGAAGAAAAAGCAACAAAAACAAACACCUGAUUGAAUUGUUUUAAUGUGUCGCCGACGACGACGGAGUACGAGGGGGGAGAUAAACAUCGGAUUUUUCUCCACGGGCCGCUGCCAAUUACCGUCACCUUCCAGCAUCAUUAGAUCCCGAUAGAAUAAGAUACCAUCCAACGGAGGUUUUAUCUCGCGGUAGCAAUCCAUCCACUUCCCAAGCGCGGUCCCUUUCUGGUAGAGAUCCCACUCGCGCUACCUUCUCGCCCCCCCUCCGUCCGAGCAGAUGUUUUUCUUCCGCAAGCCAUGAGUUCAUUACAUGCAAAAAUAGAAAACAUUUGCAGGCUCUGUUUGUCCGGCGAUGACACUUUGGAGUCUAUUUUUGGUGAUAGUGGAAGCGAUGCGCUUCAAACGAUAAUCUACGACUGUACAUCGAUUAGGAUACAACCAAAGCUGGGCCUUCCUUCGUCGAUUUGUAGCACAUGCAAAUCAAGGGUAGAAAACUUUAACGAAUUUCGCGAACGGUGCCUACACAACGAUGAGUAUCUCCGCACGACGCUGCAGUUGGUGGCGCAAAAGCAAGAACACGACGAUGAGUACGAGGAGGACGACGAAGAGGAUGUGGAUAUUAAGCUGGAACCGGAGGUACUGUUGGACGAGCAGAGUGACGUCGAUCAGAAGGAUGGCGACGAAAAAGACGAUGACAUGAUCGUUGAUAGAAAUGAUAACAAAAUUGACCGAUCAUCUUUGGCACAGCUGGAUGGGCUGAAUGGUCCGUGCUCGAAUGAGCCGGAACGGGAUGAGUGGGAUGAAGCUGGAUCAAACGAUCACGAUUCGAUCGGCAACUCAUCGACGGAAUCGUUCAACUUUCCGUACCUAUCACCGGAUCCGACGUACGGUUCGCUCUUGAAGUGUGAGUUUUGUUCACUGGAAUUUUCCGUACUGGAACAGCUCAAGCGACACAUCACGAGCCACAAGGAGGAGCGAAUAUUUCAGUGCCAUUACUGUCCAAAGACGUUUCACUUCGCCAAAAAUCUCAACAUGCACGUCGAGUAUAUCCAUUCGAAGGCAAAGUACACACCGUCACAGGUGGCGAAAAUGAUUGCCAGGCAACAGAGUCUAGUCCAUAGCAGUAGCAGCAACAAUAGCAGUGUUAGCCAGAGUACCAACGGUGGGUUAAGCCCAUUGUCACCCUUGCUGGACAGUAGCGAUUGUUUAAAUAAUAACACCAUCCCGAGCAGCACUGGCAUUGAUGCGAGUGUCGGCUUAAGCCUUAACAUUAACCUGAACGGCAGCACGAACGGAUCGUCGGCAUUGGGACGAAACUUAAAACCGAUUCGAUUACCGGCGCUCGGUCCGACUGCAACAGAAGGACGGCGCGGUUCGUCCGUACAAGCGAUCGUAAUGGCUAGCGAGCGACAGCAGCAUGAAUGCCACGUGUGCCAUAAGAGCUACGCGGAAUCGUCCGCCUUGCGGCAACACAUGCUCGUGCAUACGGGCGAAAAGCCGUACAAAUGUGAUAUCUGCUCGAAAUCGUUCUACAAUGCAAGCACGCUUAAAACGCACCAGCGUAUCCACAGUGACCACAACCCGUACCGGUGCGGGACCUGCACGAAGAUGUUCGACAAUGCGCGCAGUCUAGAGCUGCACCAUCGUACACAUACGGGUGAAAAGCCGUACGCGUGUGAUGUGUGUUUGAAGAAGUUCUCAUGCUCAUCGAAUUUGAAACGUCACCGGAAGCUGCAUGAUCGCGAUUAAACGAAUGGAAUUGUGUGCACGAAAGGCACGAUCGAAACGGAGAAAAAAAACACACACACCUUUGUAACAUAUAAAAACGAUAUCUGAAUUGAAACGACCACCAUGCGGUUUGUGUGUGAGUGGAGAAUGUUUCAUAAAAUGGAAGCCUAAAUCGUACCAGCCAGGGGCAGCACGAUUAAUGCAGCAAGUUAGAUUUACGAGCUUAAGGUGGCAAUACUUCCGGCAGAACGGCAGGUUGUAUAUAGUUCGCUUCGGGUGCAGACAUGUUGCAUCCCAGGGUGCUUCCGAGAAGAGUGUGACGCAUACAGAAUCUCAGCAUAUAACAGAAAAUUGACUGUGCAUUUAUAUACACAACAACGAGUAGCUGUUUGUUUAGUGGCAGUACGCAAAACUAAAACACCUACUAAUCUGAACGUACGUGCGCUAAGGAGAACACUUUGUUAAACCAUUGUUAACGUUGUUGUUGUGAAGGAUCAUUCAUAUAGAAGGCCAGUUCCGGAGACUGGUUUACUCCGUUGCGUUGCGGCAAUGUACGUUCUUCCCGCUUUUAUGUAUAUAACCGAACCUGGUAAUGCCUUGUUACUUCUUAGCAAGAGCUUGCAAAACAUAGAGAAAAGAGAAAACAGCUAAAAUGUUCAGCUAGGAAAAUGCCAAAAAACGACAACAUAACGCAACUAUUUGAAUCGAAAAUUUACCUAUAGAAGUUAAGGAAAAAGUUGUUAAAUUUUGUCCGUAAAUCGUUAUCGAACGAAAACACAAAAAAAAGUCGAGCUUAAAACCUGAGCGCUAGGAAGCAUAACGACCAACGCCAAUGAAACCAUACUAACCGUGAUAAUAGUUCCUUUGCAGCCAAAAAACGAAAAAGCAAUGUUAAGCAAACGCAAAUACUAAGAAAUGGAAAAAAAUCGAAACGAUUCGAAAAGGAAAAGCAAACGUUUUAAGAAAAGUGGCCAACAUGUAUUUGAGCUUUAUGUACGUUGUUUGUGAUUAGGCUUAUAUACUUUAGCUUUACGUAUAAAUGUGCUUCUAUAACUUUUUUUUUCAUUGUUCCUAUUUGUAUAGACAAAGCCAACCAGCAUACUGCAUAUGAUGUACGUGGACGUGCUUAAACAUGCAUUUUUUUUUUCUAACGGCCACCAAUGAAUGGGGGAGAGUAAGAUUGCUUUUAGGAUCUGAGCAAAGAAGGUAAAACAGUUAGUUGUAAUGUAAGUUAUUGUUCUAGUCAAUUUGCAACCCGACGAUCGGUAGCAGGCAAUAAUGUCCAGGCAAUUUAACAAGAAGAAAAAAAAUCCCCAAACAACCAAACAAAGAUAAAACCGUAUUUAGUGUACAUCGGAAGUGCAGAGUUUUGCUCGAUCCGUUUUAUUUUUUAUCUGUAAACCAUUUUAAUUUUAUUAAUUGUGAUUUUUUGUUGUUGUUUAAUUUAAUCUCGUAAAACGAUCCGCGUACGCCAGGCACGAACGUGCCAGAUUAACAUGUUAGCGCGCGCAAAGGAAAGGCGAAAAGUGCGUUCUGUUCUGCUAGCGUAUUACAAUGACGCCUCUUUAAUAAAACGAAAUCAAUGGAUUGAAACUAAA